UGGAGUUACUCUAAAGUUUGGAGAGAGUCCUGUGGUCUUUAAACAUGGAAAAUGCGUUCAUUUCAAAGGUGCGUCUGCAGUUCUUGAACAUUUUCAGUUGAUUUUUAGCCAAAGAACUGUCUUAUAACCUAAUUGAAAACUUACCUUAAAACCCUGCAAAGGAUCAAGCCUUUUUUGGUUAAUUUUCGACUCUUAACGCUCCUGGUGUGCUGGAGGGGGAGUUUGGAAAUGGGACUUUGCUUUUAGAUCUUGGACGCAGCCAGACAGGACAUGGGCAGCGGUACGAGCCGAGGAAAGAAAGUUGCACCUGCGUGUGUCAGCGAGGUGAACGUGACUAAAAAAGCUGCCGGUGUCACUUCACCCAAACAGCACAGCCGUGCAUUCAAACCUCUCAAAAUUCACACAAUUUUGCGCAACGCGCGCAACCGUGCGCAACCGGGCUGCCACAGCGAGGGCCACGACUCUGAGUUCUCUGGGGAGGACGAUGACAUUGAUGGAGAGCUGCUGGACACAGUUCUGACAGAUUAUGAGGAGCGAGAGAGGGCUUCUGUAAAGAAACAUCCUUCCAAGAAGACUUUCAUCAGAUCCAAAACAUAUGGACUGUGUCAUUUCAGCCGGGAGGACGCUGAUGAAGACUUGAGCUCAACUCCUCAACUUAAAGAGACGGGAACAGCCGAAGAGCCACGUGGCUCCCACGGUGGAACAAGAGAUGUAAACAAGAGGAGCAAUGAUGCUUUCACGCACGUUCAAAAACACACACCUCCGGGUCCCGGUCAGCAUGAUUCCUCCUCACAGGGCUUUUUGACAAGAGUGGCCUUGUUGGAAGCUGUUCCCACAUCAGAAAAAACAUCGACUUUGGGCAGCCUCCAUGGCUCCUCUCUCACCAUGCCAGUCAUCCUGUAUAAUGGAUCAGAAGAGGAGCUGAUGGACACUAUUGAGAACGAGUUUAGUUGACCCUCAGUUGCCCCAGAGCUGCCUUCAUGAGAUGCAGCAGCUUGCAGAUAAAAUAAUGAAAAAAGAAAGAGGACCAGGGUUUCUUAACAGGGUUACAUUCACUGUAUUUUUGCAGGGUUUCUUAGAUAGAUUUAACAUUGUGUUGAGGAGCUGCACUCAAGGCCUUUACCCAAGUUUUAUUUAACAACAAAGCAGUGUAAUUGCAGAGUUAUAACACCAACUUGAACAGAUGCCAGAGGGUUCUCCUCACACGGACCAGAGCUGUUAACAGACAGAGGCCUCCCUGGUUUGUUAUCUGCACGUCCCUGCAGUGAUAAGGUGUCACUGUCACCCCCUCAAUCCUGCUGGGCUCCCACAGAGCACACAACUAUUUAUUUGUAAUCUAUUACUUACUUUACUUUAACUUGUCUGUUAAUGGGAAACAAGAGAGAACACAAACAUUUCUCUGGUAGCUUAAACUCAGCAUUUCUGUAAAAAAAAAUCUAGCAGCACAGGCACAUUCUUGAGGUCUUGUGGUGACACUAUAUGGAAAAAUAUCAUUUUCCGCCAGCAGUUUUGUGCAUGUAAUGCAAUGUGAAGGGCUAUAGUUUUUCCUUUAGUGGCAAACCUGCAAAGGCAUGAGCUUGGAUUGUUUAUUUAAGGUUUCCUUCCUGACCACAGUUCCUGCACUUCUCCACCCAUGAAGAAGGAAUGUGUGGCUACAGAGAGACUUUCAAUAAGUCUCAGUUUGACCCAGCUCCUUUUCUGCAGAACACAAGAUUCAACCACAUUCAAACAUAAAGGUGUGCUGCCACUUAGUGGUGGAACACAGUAACUGUGUGCAUGUAUAUAUACUUGAGCAUUCACGUUAAUACCCAUAUAUGUCAAGAAACUGCAGCUGUCACUGUUUAACGACUGGUGAAUUUCAACCAGAAAUGUAGAGUACGAAUUUUGUAAUUUUGUUUUAUCUUGCAAAUAAAAAUGGACUAUUCCUGUUUGUGAUCA